GGCCGUGAGGUUCUGCCGGCCGGGACCGGAGCUGCACGGGGCCACCACCUUCGCUUUUGUUUCCAGCUCGCGUUUGCGCCUUGGCCGAGCCUCCUGGCUCCCGGGGAGCAGUGGGGAGUCCCGGCGGGCAGGCGAGGGAGCGCCUGGCUGGGGCGGGGGCUGGCCGGGCCGUGCCGGGCGGAGCGAGGCGGGGCGCGGCGGGGGCGGCCCCGGCUCGCAUUAAUUACCUUCGGCAUUCGGGGCGGUGCUUCCCGCAGCCAUCUGGCUGAGCCGGGGGGGCGGCAGGGGGGGAGGGAGGGGGAAGAAGGGGAGGAACACGGGAGAAGAAAGAGAGGAAAAAGGGCUCGGGGAGCACCGCGCCGGCGAGGCAGCGCAGCGCAGGCACCCGCCGCCGCCGCCCGCCUCCACGGGGCUGCUGCUUUUUUAUUUAGUUUUAUUUUUUCUCUUUUUUUUUUUUAAAUUUUCCCUCUCCCGUGCGGCCGGCCUCCCCCAUUUUGGUUUAUGGAGAAAAAGAAAAUGGUAACUCAGGGUAACCAGGAGCCAUCAGCAACUCCUGAUGCAAUGGUGCAGCCAUUCACCACAAUCCCAUUUCCGCCACCCCCACAGAAUGGGAUUCCCACAGAGUAUGGGGUGCCACACACUCAGGACUAUGCAGGCCAGACCAGCGAGCACAAUCUGACACUCUACGGAAGCACGCAGCCGCAUGGAGAGCAGAGCACGAACACGGCCAGCACGCAGAACGGAUCUCUUGCACAGACAGAAGGAGGGGCACAGACAGAUGGACAGCAAUCACAGACACAGAGCAGUGAGAAUACUGAGAGCAAAUCCACUCCAAAACGACUUCAUGUGUCUAACAUUCCCUUCCGCUUUCGAGAUCCUGACCUUCGGCAGAUGUUUGGGCAAUUCGGCAAAAUCCUUGAUGUAGAGAUAAUCUUUAAUGAGCGUGGCUCGAAGGGAUUCGGGUUCGUAACUUUCGAGAAUAGUGCUGAUGCAGACAGGGCCAGGGAGAAAUUACACGGCACCGUGGUAGAGGGCCGUAAAAUCGAGGUUAACAAUGCCACUGCGAGAGUGAUGACCAAUAAGAAGAUGGUCACACCUUACGCAAAUGGUUGGAAGUUGAGUCCUGUGGUUGGAGCGGUGUACGGCCCUGAGUUAUAUGCAGCGUCCAGCUUUCAAGCAGAUGUCUCGCUGGGCAAUGACGCUGCAGUGCCCCUGUCAGGAAGGGGGGGUAUUAACACUUACAUUCCUUUAAUCAUUCCAGGCUUCCCCUAUCCAACAGCAGCCACCACAGCCGCCGCAUUUCGGGGUGCCCAUCUGAGGGGCCGAGGAAGGACUGUGUAUGGGGCAGUGCGGGCAGUACCUCCCACAGCCAUCCCUGCCUACCCAGGUGUGGUUUACCAGGACGGAUUUUACGGUGCUGACCUCUAUUUGACUGAAGAAAUGUUAACAUCCCGCUCUAAAUCUCUCAGUGGAGUCUCUGUUCCCUUCUCUGAUAUAACAGAUGGGGUGGAUAUGCAGCCUACAGAUAUGCACAGCCUGCUACUGCAACAGCAGCCACAGCCGCUGCAGCCGCUGCAGCAGCUUACAGCGAUGGUUAUGGCAGGGUGUACACAGCAGAUCCUUACCAUGCCCUUGCCCCUGCCGCUAGCUACGGAGUUGGCGCUGUGGCGAGUUUAUACCGAGGUGGCUACAGCCGAUUUGCCCCCUACUGAAGUGACGUGAAACCCCUGCAAGUGGGACAGCCCCCCCAGUUCAUGAGGCCUGGCUAUUGCAAUAUUUACUAGUAGAGGAACUCUAUAGCAAGUCGAGGAGGAAAAACAAAAAAACAAAAGAGAAAAUACUUUUUUAUACCUCACUAUGUUCUUCGAAUAUGUAUUUUUUUUUUCUUUAAAUUUCUGCCUUUAAUUCUUUUGUUCCAAAGAUUGUGCUUUUUUUUUUGUUUGUUUGUUUUUUGUUUUAAUUUUUGGGGUUUUUUUAACUGUGGUAAAAAUAAUGCAUUUCCGUGUCUGUAUGUUGGUGCAUAGCUUAUCCUACCAAUCACGGAAAAGGCAACUAGCGAUAAGGAAAGCUGUUAGAAACUGAUAUCAUGCAAUUAAUCAGGAACACGCAGACAGAGUUACUUCCCUGGGUCUGGUGCUUGGUGCCUGUGAGACAGGAGGACGUGAGGGAGAAGUCUCCACCUGCUGUGUUUCUGGUCUGCAGAAGGAAGCACUCUUUGACUGUGUCUGGGACCUGAAUGCUGGUGGGAAAUAGUAAUUUACCUUUGGAAAUGGGGAAAUGGAGAGACUUUCUUUGUUUCUAUCACCAUUUGAUGCGCACAGGUUUGUGACAGUUUCAGCAGUGUCAGAACUUUAGACUUCGCAAAAGAAGUGUCUCUCAACCUGCCCAAAGACUUCAGCUGUUACCUGCUCUAUAGGGGACAAGACUUUGAAAGGAGUUUUUGAUGAGGAUGAUCUUUUCCCCACACACAGAACUUUUACUCGCAGAUUUUUGUCUGCUGCAGGUGGCUGUAAUUGUCAUUUCAUUCCUCCUUUUGAAGAUCUUUCUCUCUUGCUGUCUCUUUCCACCCCUUCAUUCCAUGAGGAGUGGCAGAUGCAGUGCAGGAUCACGCAGGGUACCUCUGUUGUGGACAGCGAGUGAUUAAACUUGGGGAGGUGAAGGACCUGCAGCCUUGCAGAGGAAGAAGGUGAGCAGAAGAGUUGAGCGUGGCACACACUCUGAGGCCCAGCAUGCAGGGGCUCUGCUCCUGUUCAUCCUGGGCUCUUAGGUGCUUCUGCAAGUAAUCUAUUUCAAAUAACGUGAGUGAGGAAAAGCCAGCCACGCUUAAGCUGCUCGAGGUGAGGGACGAGCAUGUGGCUUUGUAUGGGGGAAGAGCAUCUUUUAUAUCAAAUGUGAUCCUGAAGUAGUUUUGUAUCUGGCAGAAGCAGUUUGUGCAAGCUUUGAAUUCAUAGGAACUUCUUAACCACAAGCUAUUUCAGGCCCUUCUAUAGCUGCAUGGGAGCCCCUGGGUUUGUUUUGCCCAGCUUCUCACAGAAAGUUGUGCACCUGGUCUGCUGAGUCCAUAUAGACACUACAUAUUAGAAGACUUGGAAGGAUAGAAACUAUUUAGCUGAGGGGUCCACGACUCCCAGGACCAUCUCUCUUCUGCUCUCGUAGACAGAGAAUUCGCUGUGUUUCAAAGACAGCACACUCAGAUGACUGUUAGCUGUGAUGUGAUGCAGAGUUGCUGCUCUCCAGACCUCCCUGUUCGGCUGCUGGCUCCUAGAGUGCUCCCAGUAAUCCCAGUGGUCAGAGGCAGGCUCUAAUUGCAUGCUGGAAAGAUGCAGAAGUGUAAUUGUACCAGGCUGCCUCGACUGCAUGGAUUGGUGCUGGGGUGAGCCACUGCCCUCAGAAGAAUAGGAAAAUUCAUGCAUUUAACACUAAGCAACAUCAGCAAGCAGAAGUCCCACUCUUGGGGGAGUGUCCUGGUCCAGCCACACACAACCACACAUUUUUUGCUCUUCCCCAGUGAUACAUGGAGCCUCUCUUUGCACAGCAGAAUGGAGGCACCUCAAAUGGGAAGAAUGGGGACACCAUUAGUUAAGCUAGAGACCCUGAAGCUAUUGAUUUUUCUGGAGGAAUAGCAAGAUAAAGGGGACACCAAACUGCCAGCCUGUUGGCCACUUUUUCCUGGUUUUAUUGUUGGUUUUUUACUUUUUUUUUUCCAAGCCAAAGUUUGGUUUGUUGCUGUUAUGACAAUUUUUUUGUUGUUUGUAUAUAAAUAUUUUAGCUUGAAAAUAGGGAGGGGGAGAACAGGAUGUUGGGGCUUUCACAAAAUCUAGGAAAUGAGGGAGACAGUGUGUUUCUGCCAGAGCUGGGGUAGAAGAGGGAGGACUUGUGGUAGAGAUAGUCAUAUUCAAGGGCAGUUAUUUCCACUGCAGAGCAGCCAGGGGACAUGUGGAGCUGGGAUGCAGCAAAAGCCUCUCUACUGGACUUGUUCUCCCCACUGUGGAUGGAGGGCCUGAGCAAGGCUGUCCCUUCCCUUCCUGCAGGCAGUUCUCAGGCUGUGAGCCCAGGAGCAUCUGCAGAGCCCUGCUGGGGCAGCUGCUCCCCCAUGCCCCUCUCCUACAUUCAGUUCAGCUGGUUCUGACUGCAGCUCCCCAAAAGCCAGGUUCUCCCACCCUGAGUGCCCUCCCCUGCCCUGGCAGUGCCACCUGCAAUCCCCCCCUGCCACUUGGCCUCCCUGGGAGUAGGAGGGAGGCCAGUCCCAUUUCUGCCUCCUGGCAGAGUCUAUGCAUGGCAGCUUCAGCCCGCCCAAGUAGAUUUAGGAAUGUAAGGGGUUUAGUGCAGAAACACAGAACCUUUGGGAGGCCGUGGUCCCCUGAUCUCCAAGUAGUACCUGUUCUAAGACCAUCCAGCCUCAUUCCUCCUGUAUCCGAGCCUGACCUGCUCUGGUCCCUCCCUGCUGGGCUUCUCUGGUGCAUUGAGCAGCCAGUGUCUCUGUGGCUCCAUAGUUAAUGCUGCAAGAUCCCCUGAGGGAGCUUGCCGAUAGCCUGGCUUCCUGCUCUCAGCACUGAGCUGUGGAGGGAACACCGGGACACUUGCAUGGCUGGGGGCCAGAGGUAGUUCACUGGUUCCAGGUGUCCAAAGCACCAGACCUCCCAAAAAACUUGCAUGGCAAGGUUUCUUGAGUGAGUGUUGUGUGUGACAGGAGAGCUCUUCAGCCUUUCUUCCCUGUUGGCAAACAACAGCUCCAGUUUCACUCUGAUGUGUUAUGAAGUGGCUAGAGAUGCUUUCGGAGUAGCCAAGGUGUGGCUAUAUCCAUCUUCUGAAGAAGUGAGGACAAAGCCUAUAUCUCCCUAUGCAAAAUGAAUUACGUUUGAUAAAUUGAACUGGGCCCUGGCUCACUAGAAUGAUGGCAGCUAGUGCUUGUCUGUGCAAUGGGCCUGCAGUCACAAGCCCCUUGUAAAGCAGGGUUUGGCUUUCUAAGGGAAACCACACAGGCAGCCUGGCAAAUAGCUUGCUGUUUGUCACCACCUAGUUUGGUGGCUUCUGGGAUUCCUCUUGACGCAGAGAAAAAAAAAUGUAUCUUUAAGUGUAGCUGCUUGUGCUGUCUUGCAAUAGGUCCAGCCAGCACAUGAUGAUAUACAGAUGAGCUUUUGGUUUAAAGAGUUGGUUUGUUUAAUGUGCUGGUCUGUAUUUCCUUGCAGUUACAUUGUGCUGGUAUAAAGUAACUACUCCUGGCGUUGCAUAUUCUCUACUGGGAAUAGGUUAUAUUGAUGCCCAGCACAUUAGCAAACUAGUUGUCCUGGUCCCCAUGUGUGGGAGGCUGCACUGUUGUAGAUGGGUUAGCUUUUCUAAGAAAAGCCAUGACAGGACCUGGAGGCAAUGGAGAGCUCAGUAUGAGCCUACUGUAGCCAGCUUUUCCCAGGUUAAGCAGUUUGGUGGGUCCUGUGUCAUGAGUUCAGAUAGAUAAAGCCAUGUUUAAAGAUAGCUAUGGCUUGGCUGUUCCAGUGCCUGAGAGGGAGCAGACUUGCCCAGCGAGGAGCACUGGCUCUGGAGUCUGAGUGUUUCAGACAGGGCUCUGUCAGUGACCCCUCAAGGGUCCCUGUGGGGCAGUCAUGUCACUACUUUAGACUUUGCUUCCCUGUCCCUAAAAUGAAGUUGAAGUUUAUCCCUGUUCUUACCUGUUUUGAGAUCCAUGGAUGUGAAGUGUACAGCAGGAAUUGAGGAGGAUUUUCUGAGUAGCUGGCUCGAGUGCUGGUUGUGGAAUGGUUAAUGAAGCCAUUUCCCUGCCUGAAAAGAGAUCCUCGCUGCUGGGCUUUCAAUUCCAGCACCCAGAGCUCUAUCAAUGGGGAAUACAAAGCAGAGCCUCCCAGUUCUACCCAUGUUUUUUCCCAGCUCACCCCUAUCUGUAUCUUCCCAUCCUAGCCAUGAAGAUGGAGGCAAAUGGAAAACAGGUUUGGGGAGCACUUAGGAAUUUAAUAAAGGGAAACCGAAACAACACCUCUGGGGAGCGCUUUUGCUGAAUCUAGCUCCAAAGGGAAAGCACACAGGCAGCCUGGCAGGGGACCUGCUGCCUGUGGUCCUCCAGCCUGGCAGGGUGGGGGAAUGCUGUCCUUGGUGUAGAGGGUUGAUUUUUAGUAUUUUACCUGUUUGCACUGUUUUAAAAUAGGAGGGGGAAAAAAAAACCAACCUAGUGAACAAGAUGAACAUCCAAUGUAAACUUCUUUGUGUUUUUAUUUUUGACAUGCUCUUGGAUAAUGUCAAACAUUUUGUAGUAUACACCAGUGAGACUUGAUUCUUUGUUGCAUAAAACACUAUUUUUGGUGAUGUUAAUGUCUGAAAAGCCUGUUCCCUCCAUCCCCACCUUACUGAUUGCCCUCUCCACCCUCCAACCCCAGUAAACUUCUCUUCUACAAUGAAAACUCCAGUCAACAAGGCAAGCAGGAGUCUGAAAGCCAGAGUGUUGAAAUGGGGCCCUUUGCAAGUAGGCUGUGGGGUUUCUGCCUGGUCUGCUUUGCUCCAGCCAGGAGUUGUCAGGAGAACCCCCUUUCCUCUGCAGUGCCCGCAUCAAUAGCAGCCUAAACGGGACUCGGGAUGGCCAAAGUCCCGUCUCUGUUGCCACUGCUGACCCUGGAAAACAGCUUCUUGCUGGGGCUGCCAGUGCUGCCCGUGGUUGUUCUGCUGGGUUCACGGGCUGCAGCUGGCCCAGGCUUGUGCAGGUGACCAGCUUCCCAUGCUGCCUCUCAACUUGUGGUAGAGCAGGAAUGCAUCAGCCAAAAACCUUGCCUGAUUUCACCAGGAGAUUGCUGGUGUCUAAAGCCGUCCACCGAGAUACUCAUUUGGCUGGCGAUCAGAGUCAGCAAAAUGCCUGUUAAUCUUAGGAAUGUCUUUUCUUUUUAAAUUUUUGUUGAUGUUCUGAAGUGGGUCAAUAAAUCUUUUGCCAGAUUCCCAGUUCUCUGCUGGUGGAGGGGCUUGUUGCUUUCCUGAGGAGUAAAUUCCUUACAGAAAUCAGGCCUCCCACAUUAGGAGUCUCAGUUCUGGUCAUAUUUUUCUAUUUUUUUCUGUUCACAGUAUUUUGCGUGUGUGAGUGUUGUAGUUUUGGCAGCUCAAUUUGGCUGCAUUAUCAAGUGACAAAAUCAUCCUCUUUUACCCUAGGGGAUAUGAUUUGGUUUUGUUUUCUUGGGGUUUUUUUUUGUUUGUUUGGGGUUUUUGUUAGGCUUUGUUUGGUUUUUGGUUUGUGUUUUGGUUUUGGUUUGUUUUUUUUUUUUUUAAUGAUAAAUCCUGCUUGUAAAUAGCUGGAGCUAAAACCUGGGGCUGAUAGCAAAUGAGAACCAGGGCUAAAGAGUGAUACAGAGCUGGUGGAGUAUUUUACUGACCUCACAGGCUGAUCUCUUUGAGACUUGGAGAUUUUCAGUGCGAGGCUGAGAUGCCACAGCACCUCCAAUGGCAGCAACAGACUUGCCCCUUCUUGCAGUCUCCCCAGCACCUCCCAUUCCAGGUACCGCCGGGGAACAGGACGUGUCCCGAGUGGGAUGCGUUCCCUUCCCCUGGAUCACUUCCUAGGACGCCCGAGCCGCUUGCCCAGGGUCCCAUUUCCCUGCUGACUCUGGAGAAGCAGUAUCUGCAUCCCAGGGCUUUGUGACAGCCUUUAACUUCCCGCCCUCCCUCGUUAAGUAUCAUAUUGUAUAGUAGCUUUCAGACCAUACAGUAUUCAUUGGGUUACUCCUAUUAUUAUCAAGUAGCUGGAAUUGUGAAGGUUGGAGUAGUUAGAUCUUUAGCUUUUAUUCCUUUUUUUUGUAUUACUAUCCAUGUGUAUAAAUUAUUGAUCAUGUUGCUGGCUUUUAUAAACUCUAAGCAAGGGGGGAAACCCUUCCUAACCCUUUGCAAAUGGUAAUGAAGCACUGUUUUUAAAUAAAAGAGAGAAACACCA